AUGUCUUUCAAUAAGAAAUACGCCGGUCUUCCUGACCUAGACCCAUCCCCGGAUAUCUACGAGACCCCCGACUUGACCGAUGAAGCAUCCACAUUGCCCACUGCCACUAUCCGUACCGACUCCGACCACGAUGACGGAGGCUCGAACUCGGAUAUCGACCGCGAGGGUGUCAACCCUGACCGCGCGCGUAUGCACUUCAUGGGCGCGGCCGUAGACGCUCGUGAUGUCAAUUUCUCAGAUAGCAUCUCUAUGAAGCGGCAGGCAUACCGGAGCAAGAGCAUGAGUCGUCGGCGUCGGCGCAGACGCGAGGACGGGGUGGAAGAGGUUGGUGAUUUGAGUGAUAGCGAGGACGAGUCACUUGACCGGAGGCUUGCGCGGCUGCGGAGGGAGGUUGAGGAGCUCAAGGUGGAAAUGGCCAAUAAGCCCGAGGCUGCGGAACAAGAAAACGAACCGUCUCAGGGUACAGCAGCAGCCGAAAAGUCAGGGGAAGAUCUUGGUGAUGGCGUUGCGGAACUGAGCCGUGCUCUUGACAACCUGCACGCCUCGCGAAGUGCGGCGAGUUCAUCACACUCGGCUGCAGCUCUAUUGUCUCAGAAACUUGGAUCCGAGACACGCUCUGCAGACCAAAAGACACAAUCCAGCGAGGCAUCGAAAGCAGUGUCCGUAUUGUCAGCCUCGACUGCCUCUUCGGCAGGGAUCCUCUCUCAUGCGGCAGCAUUCGACAGUCGGCUAGCACUCCUAGAAAGCUCUAUGGGCAUCUCAAGCUCUUCUAAUCCCUUUGUUGUCGAUGGCAUCAACCAGUCCACACCACACCCAGUCCUCCCAGCUCUGGACCAGCUCACCUCCCGCCUCUCAGCACUCACCGGUCUUCUCGUGGGCACUAGUCCAGCAAAUACAGCGCCAGGAGGUGCUAGUACCGUGACCAGCAUGACCACCCCACACCUCGAAGCUCUCUCUACCCGAGUCCGAAAGUUGACUACAGACGCGGAGGCGCUCACUGCAGCCCGCAGAAAGGCAUUCGAGGCUGCAAAGGCCGUUCACAACGCCCGACUAGCAAGCUCCGACGCCGAAACCGUCCCCGCCCUGGAGGCUUCCAUAGACGACGAACAUGCCGCCAAAGUCCAAGCCCUCUACACCACCCUCCCAACAAUCCAGUCCCUGCACCCGCUGCUCCCCAGCGUCCUCGAGCGUCUACGCUCCCUUCGCGCCUGUCAUGCCGGCGCAGCACAUGCCGCAGACUCACUCAACGAGCUCGAGAAACGCCACGCCGAGAUGGCCUCCGAGAUCCAGCAAUGGCGCGAAGGUCUGACGAAUGUCGAAGAAAAGAUGCAGCAGGGCGAAGCUGCUCUCCGCUCCAACGUGGAGACCGUCGAGCCCUGGGUUCGCGAUCUAGAGUCUCGCCUAGCGCGACUGGAAGGUCCCCCCGGCGGACUGUGA